AUGCCUACCACAUCAGAAAAACUAGUACUCACCUAUCUCUUCACAGCUCUCGAAACUGCGUUCCACUGCUUCUACUUCUCCUUCCGAAACAAGAAACUGCACUAUGGCUUCUACGACUCGUUUUCGUGGCCAAAAGACGCUUACGAGUAUGACGGACCUAAUACUCACACCCCUCGGGCGGAUAUAGUCUACGGCGAUCUUGAAGCCACUCCUGAAGAGUUGGAGCAAGUUGCGGCUGAUAUCAAAAAGAGUCGUCUACUCAAGGCAAGAGAAUGGCUGGCUAACCGACUCGCGACUGCAACUCCCGAAGUGUCGGCUCGAAUGGAUGCUAGGAAGAAGAUUUCGGUCGACACGACUCACAAGAAGAACAAAGCUGCGAAGAAGUACUACCGUGAUGUUUGUGAUGUCAACUGCUGCACCGGCGGGGAGCUUAGAAAUCAUAAAGCAGGUCCCUUACGCAUUGAGGCCGUCGCACGUGGUGGCAAAGGUGUUCCUUACCGCUGUGAAGCGUGCAACGAAGACUUCCACUUCGAAUCUGACUAUCUUGUAUAG